CAGUGGACAAUCAUAAUCCAUUCUCAUGUUUAGAUCCUUUGAAACCAUUCUAUGCUAUAUUGGGCUGGAUUAACGAAUUUUCCUUAAUUUAGCCCAUAAAAAUAAACUUACUCCAUUAACACACAUAUAAUUUCUGGAAAUAUCUCAUCUUCUUCAUCAUCUUCAACCUUUUUUAGGAGAGAGAAAAUAAUGGAGAAAGGUAAAGGUGUAAUGGUGGGAGGAAGAAGAUGGGCUGUAGAAUUCAGUGAUAAUUCAACUGCUCCUUCUUCUCGCGACUUUCCUGAUCCACCUGGUUUUACUCGCGCUUCUCAAGAUCAGGAGGAUUCAUCGGUUACUCGUCAAAAGAAAGAUGCUGAAGCUGCAUGGAAAUCUCAGAAAGCCUGGGAAGUAGCACAAGCUCCUUUCAAAAAUUUGAUGAUGAUGGGAUUCAUGAUGUGGAUGGCGGGAAGUACUGUACAUUUGUUUAGCAUCGGUAUAACUUUUUCAGCCUUUUGGCAGCCCAUUAGUGCCCUUCGAGACGUUGGAAAAGUUUUUGAGCCUUAUAAGGACAGCAAAGUUGAGCUUUUGGGGCCAAAGCUGGUCUUUCUUGCUCUGAACUUUGUGGGACUUGGCCUUGGUAUCUGGAAGCUCAACACACUGGGUCUACUUCCAACUCAUGCGUCAGAUUGGGUGUCAUCCUUACCUCCUGCUCAGGAUGUUGAGUAUUCCGGUGGUGGUGGUGGAUUCCGUCUGUUGUGAAAUUCUCAUUUGUUGAGUCAACAACAUUUCGUGAAGCAUAGCUGUUAUCUCUGUAUGACUAGAUUUAAGUAUUGCACCCUCAUGGUCUAAAAUUGUGAUUUAUGUCAACAUGCAAGAUAGCUCCUGUUUUGGGAGAGAAAUUUUUGGGGGCACGAAGUGACUGAGGAGAUGACUAAUUGAUAAUCAUGCAAUAUAAUUCCUUUUUUUAGUGA